AAAAAACGGAGAUCUAUUGUUUUGAACGGUGCGCAGGUGCAUCGGCUUGACCUUUCGAGCGCAUAAGGAAAGUGCAAACCUUCAAACGUAUAAGCCAAGUUAUCCGGUGCUGUAUCGGAUGUAUUACGUCGCGCGGAACAAGUUUCGAGUACCGCAAAGUGCCUCGCGAACGCUCUAAUUUGACUAUCGCCGGACUAUCCUUUUUCCGAUAACACUCGCCGUUCCCAACAUACAAUUUAUCUACGUGCGCGUAAACUCGCUGGCGUUGAAAAGAAAGAAAAAAAAAUAUUAAUACUAUUGCGCAAUCUCUUCAGCCGGUGUAAAAGUGAGACUUUCACCAGAAGCGGUAACGAAUUGAGAAUCAUUAUUAUCGUGGGGGUUCCCAGUACAGGUACGAGGACUCCAUGAGGGUUAAUCACGACGGUGGCAUUAGCGAAUGAUACUUGUUACUCGUAAGUUGGCUCUCCUUAUCCAAUCAUUUCUAAUAAUGAUAUCUCGCAAAUGUAAUGAUGAGAACGAUGAACUUAAUUGGAUUCUGCUGCAACUUCACACGAAGAAAAAGCUUGACGAGCGAUGAACACGACGAUUUUUCUCAUUCAUCACCUGUCAGAUCACCCUGUCUCGUCAACCUACAGCCCCCAUUUCCCUUGGUGGGAAGAUAUGCACGCACGACGAAAGAUUUUAGAAGUGGGACACCUUCUCUUAUCGCGCCGGAUCAUCCCGUAAACGACGGUAACGAGCCACGUAGAAAGGCAGAAGGGAAAGGAUGAGGAUUCCGGAGUGAGAGUACUGAAAGAGCACUUAGGGGAUUUAAGUGCUUCCGAGAGAGAGAAUGACGAAAGAUUUGAUUUAUCGUUACUUGUCGGAAUAAUCAGAGAAUGAACAUUUUCUUUAUGAUAAAUUUAGCGCUACUCUCUCAAAGGUUAAUGUUCCUCCCGUUUCAACGGGGUUCAAGCUCAGUCCAAGCGUCAAUGCGCUUCGGCGCUUAUCCGAAAUUCAAAACUGCUGAAAAGUGGCCGGGUAGUAAGAUCCCCUCUCGAUCGAAAUGACGAUAUUGACGAUGUGGAGAGACGGGGGCAAAAGUCGGGGCCUGAAGCGUAAGAAAGAAAAGGGAAGGGAGACGAGCGCGAGAAAGGAAGGAGUUGUUGGAUUACCGCUCGGUGGGCACACGACGUUUCGAUCGAGUUGGCUACCACACAGCCACAGAAGACCGGCUACCUCCGACGGAACCGGUUGUGUGUCAGAAAGGGCAACGACGGGAACUGGCAGGUUCCAUCACGAGCGAGUCAUGAGCGGGCAAAGCGUGGACAUGGUCUGGGACCCGCAGACCCAGACCAACUCGUUAGAAGGCUGGGAUUAUUCUAUCGAGCUCGCGUACCUUAAGAGUCUUAAGGGAUCCUCCUCCGAAAGUAAUCUACAGUUGGCGGCGGAGCUCGGCAAGACCCUUUUGGAACGGAAUAAGGAGCUGGAGAACAUCAUCAAACUGCACCAAGCUACCGAGGAGGAGCAGACGCAAGAAAUCGAGUACAUGAAAAAGCAGAUUGCCGCCCUGAGGGAGGUGAACAAUACACGCCUGAAAGUCUACGAACAGCUGGAAGUUAGCGUGCAAGAUCUGGAACGUGCGAAUCAUCACCUGGUGAUCGAGAACACGAGCGAUAAGAAACUGAUCAAAAGCCAAUCCGUGACUAUCGAGAAUCUGGAAGUAAGAUGCGAGGAGCUUCAGAAAAAGAUUGACGACCUGACCGAACGACUGCGCCAACAUGCCACGAGCCCGUCUAGGAAUAAUGCGCAACAACAACAUCAGCAACAACAACUGCAACAGCAACAGAGUACCGAUUGGGAAACUUCGGAUACGCAAGGUGGCAGCGAGAAACAGAGAGCUGCCCCGAGUUCAUCGAAAUCCUCCCAAGAGAUAAUCGAAGCUACUGCGGCGAGUGACGAAGAGAUGACCACACUGCUGACGCAACUACAGGACGCUCGUAAUCAAAGGGCUAGGGAACAGAAGAAGGUAUCCGAACUCAGUCAUCAGCUGACUACCUUGUUGCAGGAGAACAGCGCAUUGGAGGAACAAUUAACGGAGUGGCGUAAUAAGGCGCAAGAUGUAAAGAGUCUGCAAGACGAGAUUAGCACCUUGGAGGAAGUUAGACGAGGUCAGUUGUGCGGGCGUUGUUUGCGCGGCAUGGACACAAGGACGCACGACGAACUUUCCAUAAUGCUAGAUCAGGAAGAGUAUGACGACAUAAGCAUGGCCGAGUCUUUAAUCAGCGAGAAUCAGCGCGACUCCGAAUUGACUGUACAGGAUACAUGCAGCAAAAAUGAAGAUACCGACGAACUGGACAGCGCGAAUCCUUAUCGGGUCUUGGUAGAGAAGUAUCAGGCCUUGUUGGAGGUGCAGAGACACUGUCAACCUCGUCGCAAGGACGCCACACCCGCGACAUGCAUGUCGUUACAGGAAGAGUUAGAGAUGUCCGGAGAAUUUAAUAAUUUCUAUCCUACUGCUUCCGAGGCCGAGGUUGCUGCUGCUCCGGAAUCUAUCAAGACUGCCUCACGAACCAAACCUGACAGCACCGGCAAGAAACCCUUCUCGGCUACUCCGACAGAUUUCUCCGAAGCUGAGACGUCGUCUUCAGGCUUCUCGGACGAGACCAGCAACAAGGCGACGCAGACAGACGGCAGGCCGGGCUCGUUCUUAUGUUCCAUCGCUGACGGGGAAGACUGCAAGUUCAGCAUUUAUGAUGACAAUAGUCCUUUCGAGAGCAGGUUUCGCAAAACGCCCGAGUAUCGACAGCUCUUCAGCGAGAUCUUCAGCGUUUUGAAACGGGCAGCUGAGGCAAAGGAUGAGGGUGAGAAAUUACCGUUGCUAGACGAACCUGCUACAUCGCAGACAAAAUAUGACGCGUCGUUUCAAGAAGAUUUGCAAAGCGAGGCAACGGACGACAAUCAAAGCAUCAUGUCUUCUGUGGUAUCUUCGGUGGUUUCGGAACCGGUCUUCAGGGUACAAUCCGCCAGUCCGGCCAAUCCGAAGGACAGCAAACAAUCUGACAAGUCUAGCAAUACCUCUGCGAAUCAACAGCCCGCAAAGGACGCAAGCUGCAGACUGGAUUACGUGUCUCUUAAUUUACGUGUUCGCAAGAAGUCUUCGGCGAAAAAGAACGCUGCUAAGAAAGCACAAUGCAACGACCGGUCGACUACACCGGACGUUAUUCCCACGACAAAUCCGAAAUUCGUCCCCGCUAAGCUCAGCGGUCGAAGGAGAUUCAAACCGUUCAAUCCUGCCGAGCACGAGCACUCCGGUGCGUGGAACAGUCAGCAUAAUGUAUAUCCGAAUCGAUCAAGAGAUAAGAAGCUGUACAGUCGUGGCUCGAAUGAACAGCAACAGCAGCACAACAAUUACGAGUACAAGGAUUUCAAACCUAGCACCGCGUCGGAAGAAGUGGCUCGGCUGAAGCGAUUAGAGAUGUCUUAUGCAGAAGUUCUUCGUACGCCUAAUAACAAAUCCAGAACCAAUAAUCAUCAUCAUUAUCGUAGAAACUAAACGGGAUGAAUGAACGGACGAAACGAAGUUCGUACAAGAUGUAGAGUUUUAUAUUUGGGUUUCGAUUGUAUCCUAAAAUAGAGAUAUUACGCGUUGAUCACGCAUCAUUCAUUCCAUGAUGAGAUCCAGUAUUGUUUUGUACUUUCUUGUAAAUAUUCAACGACGCGGAUACGUUUAGCGGCAUGUUUCUAUAAUAUAGGCACUAAUUAACGCGUCCGCAUUAAUUUUAAGUUUGAGCAUUUCAUAUUUCAUUGUAUAUCCCCUUUCCUUCCACGCGGUGAACAUACAACGACGAGUAUUAACCCCCUGUGGCACUGUCGUUAAUCGUUAGUUACGGAGAAGAGAAAAAUUUAUCCAUGUGCCAUUUAUUCUCCGUGUCAAAAUAUCAACUUCCGAUUUUAAAACUCGCACUACUUUUCGAUAACGUAUAACUUUCUCCCGGGGAGGUAGUGCAUGUCAGCAACAAGCGUGGUGUGUUAGCUUUUGUAUUUUAUAGGUAUGAGUAUUGUGAUGAUGUUGUACGUAUAAAUAAAUAAAUUCUUUAUCG